GCGAUAUAUGUGUAGGCACAGCUUAUGUUUUGUUUAAACAAUGAUAUAUUAUUUUGUCAAAUAAAUUGAGAAUAUAACAAAUGUGGGUUAUAAGAUUUGCAAUAUCUUGGAAAGAAACAUUAUGGAGUAAGAAAAAUGAAACAGUGUGUCGGAGUGUUUACCCAAAUCGGGAUAUUAAUAAUUUUUAUAUGUGCAAUAAAAGGAAGCUUGGCGAGUGACGGAAACAAUAUACCUCAAGAGUUUGAAGUUGUUCUACCCAAAGUCUUUCAACAUGACAGUGCAGAUAUUUCUAUAUCAAACAUUCGACAACGACGAAGCAUUACGUCCGAAGUCUUCAUUAACAUCACCACACAUCAGGACACCUUCCAUGUCAAGCUUAAGCCAAAUCUGGACUUGCUGGCUCCCAGCUUCAAAAUCUAUCAUCGCCAUGGAAAUGCAGAUAACAUGACCGAUGAUGUCACAGUUGAAAGUGAUGACAUCACAGAUAUAGAAUGUUUGUACAAAGGAGAGGUAGUGUCCCAUGACGGAGCCCCGGCUGCCUUCUCUCUCUGUAAUGGUCUGACAGGAGUCCUGAUGUUUCCUCAUGAUGAUUUUGUGAUAGAACCAUUGCCAAGUCACAUGUCAUCUUUACAUAAGAAUCGUCAUCACCAUGGUAACAGUCAGCAUCGUAGUCAUGACUACAACCCUCAUCGUAGUAAUGGUAACAACCAUCAACGUAAGCAUAGCAAAUCAUAUAACCAUCAGCAUUUGUAUGACCUUGACACCACAGCAAACAAAAAAACGUGGCCAGAAGACAGUAGCAAUAUUCGCCAUGACAACGAUAACCAUGACAGUGAAAGUGGUAGCCAUGACAACACAAGCAGUAACCUUGGCAGUAUAAGUGGUAACUAUGGCAACAUAAGUAGAAACCAUGACAAACAAUCGUCUAAUCAAACAUUUAGAGUUUCUUCUGAAGCAUCAGAUAAUGAAAAUGACAAUGUCAGCGAGUCAUCAGUUUUGAAUGACAGUGAUGAUUUAGGUAACCAUGACAACCAGUAUUUGAGAGGUGAGGAUGAACAUGUGAAGGAGAGUCCUCAUAUCAUGUACAGAAGAUCAGCAUUAUUCAAACACAUACCUGAUAAUUAUCAAACAUCAAAAGAUUUUAAUAGAUACGCAAAAUCUACUAAAAUGUUUCAUCGUGCUCGAAGGAAAAGAUCUUACAGAAGUGCAGAACCUAGAGUAGAAACAUUGGUUGUCGUCGAUCAAGACAUGUACAGAAAACACGGCAGAGAAAAUAUAACAACCUAUGUUCUUAGCAUAUUUAAUAUUGUAUCUCAACUAUACCAAGACCCAAGUCUAGGAUACCCAAUUAAAAUAGUUCUUGUGGGACUGGUAUUCCUUGAUGGUAGAGAGCCAGGGCUACGAAUCACACACCAUGCUGACAAAACACUGAAUAGUUUUUGCCAGUGGCAGGCAGGAAUCCACAAUGGACGUCAGAAGCUGCACGAUCACGCCGUGCUGCUUACAGGCAAGGAUAUCUGCUCAUACCAGGAUGCUCCUUGUGAUACCUUAGGGUUUGCACCAAUAGAUGGAAUGUGCAGUGAGUUAAGAAGUUGUAUUGUGAAUGAGGACACCGGACUCUCCACUGCCUUCACGGUUGCUCAUGAAAUGGGACAUAAUUUUGGUAUGAUGCAUGAUGGGGAUGACAAUAUAUGUAAAGAUACCACUGGAUAUAUAAUGUCACCUACCCUCUCAGCACAAAGUGGAACAUUCCAUUGGUCUCCAUGUAGUAGACAGUACAUGAGGAAAUACUUAAAUGCUGUACAAUCAGAAUGUUUGACAAGUCACUCAAGCGGAACGGCAGAACUCAAGUUUCCCAACAAGCAGCCGGGCGAGAUAUUUGAUGCUGACACGCAGUGUAAAUGGCAGUUUGGCAGCCACUCUAAACAGUGCACCAUUAUUUUCGGGAGGGAUCCAUGUAAAAACUUGUUUUGUCAUAAGAGAGCUGGAAUGUGUGAGACAAAGUUUCUGCCGGCAGCUGAGGGUACAUCUUGUGGUAAUGGUAUGUGGUGUCAGCAGGGUAAGUGUGUGAGGUAUGGGAAGUCUGGACCAACCCCUAUCAACGGCUGGUGGACAGAGUGGGGACAGUGGUCACAUUGUUCAAGGUCAUGUGGCGGAGGCAUCAAAACACGCACAAGGGAAUGUAACAAUCCUAGGCCUCAGUAUGGUGGAAAAACUUGUCAAGGUGCAGAUGCCGUGCAUAAAAUGUGUAAUCUACAUGAAUGUGAGGAUGGAGAGAAGAAUUUCCGAGCGGUACAGUGUGAACAACUAGUGCACGAGAAAUUUCGUGGCUGGAACUAUAGAUGGAGAACACAUAGACAACGCACUGCUAUAGAAGCGGAGGACCAGUGUAAGUUGUAUUGUAAAGCAGAUGGUUACAAUUUUUACUAUGCCAUGCCAAGAGAGGUAACUGAUGGUACUAGAUGUAAUGAAUAUACCACUGACAUCUGUGUCCAGGGAAAAUGUCAGCAUGUUGGUUGUGACCUCAUAGUUAGCUCUUCAGCUAGGAAGGACAGAUGUGGUGUUUGCAGGGGAGAUAAUUCUACUUGUAAAAUUGUAGAAAACACUUUCACACAGCAACCAAGGAAAAAUGCAUAUGUAGGAGUAGUAUAUUUACCUCGAGGAUCAAGCAGUAUUAAUAUAGAGGAGGCCGGGAUUGCCCGCAGUAACUACCUGGCCUUACGUGACAGGCACGGAGAAUACCAUCUCAAUGGAAACUGGAAACUUGACCCAGAGGGUGUGUACAGCAUUGCAGGGACCAAGUUUAUAUAUAGGAGACCAUACAACCUUCCUGAAUCUCUUGUUGCUGAAGGGCCUUUGCUGGAAGAUUUGGUUUUAGAGGUGUUGAUUCAGUCAGAGAAUCCAGGUGUCCGUUAUAGUUUCACUGUACCAAGAAAUCAACACUACACACCUCCAUCUUUAUACAACUUUACAUGGAGUGUUGUACUCACAGAAUGCAGCCAGCCUUGUGCAGGAGGUGAACAGAUUGUAACUGCUCAUUGUCAUAGAGGCAAAGGAGAGGAAGUUGACCCAGCUUAUUGUUCCAUAGACCAGAAGCCAGGAACUGGAACUUAUGCAUGUAAUACUCAGCCAUGUCGACCAAGAUGGUUGGCAGAACCAUGGAGUAGUUGUCAUAAACCAUGUGGGGGAGGUCACCAGAAACGCAGGGUAUAUUGUGUACAGAAAUUGUCAAAGACAGAAGAACGUAGAGUUCCGAGAAAAUACUGCAAUACCAAGGAAAAGCCAGUGAGAAAGAGAGAAUGUAACACACAUGAAUGCCCACCAGUCUGGUACAAAAGCCCAUGGUCACAGUGUUCAGCCAGUUGUGGUAAAGGGUUAAGGUCAAGGACAGUGGUGUGUCGCAGCAAGACGUUAGAAGGUCAGGUAGUGCAGCCUGAUUCCAUGUGUGCAGGGGUACCCCGGCCUGUGUCUCAGAAAGGCUGUAGACGUAGACGAUGCCCAGACCCAACAGCUAAAUGGGCCAACACUGCAUGGAGUGAGUGCUCAAGAACGUGUGAUGUGGGAACCCGCAGUCGAGCUGUGAAAUGUAUGAGGAAAACAGACUCCGGAACUGUUAUUAUUACGAAGGAGAAACGUUGUAAACAUCUUGAUAAACCAAAAAUAACACUGGUAGAGGCUUGUCUAGUACAAAAAUGUCCUGAGUUGCCAGAAUGGUAUUCAUCUCCUUGGUCCACAUGUUCAGUUUCCUGUGGAAGUGGGAAGCAGACGCGACUGGUUCACUGUAUGCAUCAGAAGUAUAGGAAGCUUGCCACUAACUGUGACCAGUCUGUCAAGCCUCUAGACACACAGACUUGUUUUGAAAGAAAAUGUUUGGAUCCAGGGCCUCAGUGUUUAGAUGAGUUUUCGUGGUGUUAUCUGAGAGGAUUGUGUUUAAAUGUGUUUCUUAAAGAUGUACUAGAUCUUUACUCAUCAUUCACUAAACUAUUUUAUGAUAAGCAAAGGCUUCGGUAUUUGGAGAAGGCAUAUUACAGCAGUAGUGAAAGAAACAUGUUACUCUGCUGUAUAUUCAUUGAGGAGAAAAUGAAAAGUGAAGGAAGAUGUUGUGUUUCGAAUAACACACUGUUCCUGGAAUAA